AUGUCACUAAGUACCACAACGUCCGGUAUUCAAGACAUAAUUGGCAGCGACGUCAGAAAAUGGAUGGAGAUUGCCUUCUUCGUCAUAGCAUCAGGCGUGAUAUCUUUCCUUGGGUCGAUAGCCAAUGUCAUGGUCAUUGUCGUCUUCUUUAAACAGGGGUUCAGUGACUCUAUCAACAUCAGCCUCCUGGGUCUGGCUGUGGCUGACCUGGGGUCACUCCUGACCCUAGUCUGGAUGAGCAUCUGUUUCAACCCGCUGUUCCGCUACUCUGGUAUAUCCUUCGAGUCUAUUGAUAUACAGUAUAUAACGGCAGGCUGGCCUCACGUCUGCUUCGCCAGGAUAACCAGCUGGAUCACAGCCUUCAUCACCCUAGAGAGAUGCCUCUGUAUCGCCACGCCUCACAGGGUCAAACAGUUCCUCACGCCAAAGAGGACGCUCGUCAUCAUCCUUCUCAUUUAUCUCUUCCUCUUCCUCAGCGUGGCGCCCGUCUACUACGCCCUCCGCAUCGGUCCACACUUUGACGACAGCAGAAACAAAACACUGGAUGGGCUGGUAUACGCAGACGACGGUACAGCCGUUGAAAACGUUUCUUUUGCGAUCUCCGUCUUUGCGCAGCUGUCAUCCUGCGCAUGCGUCAUUAUUUGCACGGUGGUUCUAAUUAUAAACCUGACCCGGAAAUCCCAAUGGCGUAACACCAGUCUAGAAACAUCAUCAGCAAAGCCGACGAUGAGCAACCGCGAUAAGCGAGUUGUCCUGAUGGUGGCAUCCAUUUCCUGUAUCUUCAUCGCGUGUUUCCUACCCAGCGCCAUCAACCUGAUACUGAUGCUGCACUUUUCCCCCAACUACAGCAUCGUGGGCCCGUACCAGAACAGUUUCCAGGUGUCGUGGUCCAUCCUCAACACGCUGGAGGCCACCAACAGCUCCGUCAGCGUGCUGGUGUACUACAAGAUGAGCAGCAAAUUUAGGCUCGUCUUUAGGGAAACGUUUUGUAUCACACGUUCAACUGGAACUUACAGACGUGGAUAA